AGUUUGUAUUCAAAUUACUGAAAGAUUGGGUUUGCAGUGAUAUCUAAAAAUAAUGUCCGGUAUAGCUUGUUCAACACUGCGGAUACGUAUUUAAAAAUAUAGGCGAGAAUUUAUAAAUAGGAGCGCCAAAGCCUGAUUUUCCUAGUCGAUCACCACCGUUUCAAAAUGAACUUAGACGCCGAGCUUAUGUUCGAAUGUUUGAUUUAUCUAAAUACCUUUUAUUUUCCGGUGUUUGCGACAUGCGAAAGCAUCAUGGCCAUAGCGAAAUACCGGAGUAUCAGAGAUACCCCAAAAAUAGGGCAAGAUGCGAGUGUGGUGUUCUCGAGAUUGUUCGCAGAACUGUUAAAGAUCGUAUUGUUUAGAAAAUUGAAAGAUGACAGGAGAACAUUGGCCACUGCUUGCAGUGUUAUACUAACCCUGCUGUCGAUUUGUGGGAUCCUUUACACAUUUUUCAUUCAAGAUCCUGUUCUGAAAUUGGAAUAUAUCCUAGGGGCUAUAUCAAUAAUGCUGACCUGUACAGAAGUUGUUUUUGGAGUUCUGGAUUUACUGCCUUGUUGCCAAAAAGUUCAGUAUUAUUAAGACACAUUUUUUAUUCCAUACAAUAUUAUUAUUUAGUAAUACGUACGUAAGUAUACUUUAAUUUUAAGUAAAGUUAAAUAGAAUGUAAAUAUGCUAAAAUGUUGAAUA